GUACUCUGUACUCCCUUUUCUUCUUGUUUCGCAUACAUGCAUGGCGUUGUAUUGUAUUAUGUCAUCUACGCUGCCCCUACAAACACACAUCAAUCUGUCACUCAUCUUGCAUUGUACCACGCCUCAUCCAACUGUCCCGAUCUAUUGAGUUUAUAUUAUCCAAAUCCACAAAGCAGGUGGACAUGGUACGCACGCGGCCCAUCCAGAAGUUCGCUGCGGCAGUCGGCCAAUGCUCGGUCGAGGUCGACCUCGUUAUACGGCAAGUGUAUCGUUGCCGACUACAACGCCGUCCACAAAGACAAGUGCGUCAAGGAGUUUCUAAAGUUAAAAGAUUGUUACCUUGCUGCCGCCCGGAAGACAAACUGAGCGUGGUAGAAACACAAUAGAAAUCAAUUCGAUUGUAAAACUUGUGAUUUUGCCUCUCUCUUUUUUUUU